UGGAGGUUCCACCGGCUCGAGCAAAAUGUGGAAACUUUUAAUAUUUGUCUUGUUUUAUUCCCAUGUUGAUGGCUUAUACGAAGAUCAGAUUGGAAAAUUUGAUUGGCGACAGCAGCAUAUUGGCCUUGUAACUCAACUGUUCUGGGAAUCUGCUUCUGGCUCCAGCAGCUCAGCUGGGAAACGCCUAUAUGUUUCCACAGACAGCAACGUUAUAGCCGCCCUAAACUCUGUUAAUGGGCAAAUUGUAUGGCGUCGGGUGUUUGAGGAAGAAAGGCGAGGGGAGGUGGACGACAUGCUCUACACGGGGAACUACCUGUUGACUGUGCUGGGGGGUAACAGACUACAGGCGUGGCAGCCAGGGUCAGGAACCAUCAUGUGGGAGGUGGCCAUGAAAGGGGAGACCACUCACACUGGCAAGGUGGGAUUUGCGGAGGAGUCUGGUUCACGAGGGGUGGCUGUGGGGCUGUCGUCUGAGAGAGUGUACGGGGUCAACAUCAGGGAUGGGACUACACUGUGGGACGUAGAGCUACCUAACAGUGAUGUAGUGAAGUACAAGCAUGUGCAGGUGUAUGAUGGGACUGUUUAUGUGGUUGGCAUGACAAUGGGGGCAGAGGUCAAGGUCAUCUCUAUAGAUACAGACGGAACUGUCACCUCCACUAAGUCUGUACUGGCAGCUUUCAUACGUAAAGAUACAAGUUGUGAGGUUGCAGAAAACAGCUAUCUGAUGUGUGUGUGUCCGUCCUCGGAGUCCCUACAGGUCAUCAGCCUCACCCAGCCAGCGACCUUCACCAGCACUUCCCUGCAGGACAUGGGAGUGUCUGAGGGAACAGUGGACAUCAUCAGCUCUGGCAGUGGAGGAACUGUCCUGUCCGCGGCGGGGAAAUAUGUUCUACUGGUUACCAUUGCAACCAACAACAAAGUCUCUAUCAGGAAACAACUGCCUAAAGCCCUUAUUGCAAACACCGUGACAUUUGAAGACAGGGAGUUCCUUCUUUACCUAGAAAAUACAGGUUCAGAGGAGGUGACAGUGUUUGGUAUAGACCUGGAGACCGGUGAAAGCCUUGGAGAGCUGGGCCACAGUUUUAACUACGCUCACCACAACGGCAAACCCACACAGUUUUACGGCCUACUUGCGAAGCGGGCGAAGGAUGGAAAGUUGGCAUACAAACUAGCUAUUGUAUCCCAGGACUACUCUCUACAACUCAUCCAUAAAUCAGGUAAGGUUGGAUGGCGUCGUGAGGAAUGCCUGGCUUACGUGUAUGCUGUGGAGAUGGUUGACCUCCCUGUGUCCGAGAACCAGGCCAAGUUUGAAGAUGAGUUUGGCUCGCACGAGGAUAACGUGGUCACCAUGUUCAUGAAGCGUGUCCGCACACAGCUCUCACAACUACAGACGUUCAUCAUGCAGCAAGUUGAGCGACUACAGGGCGUGAAGCACCACACAGCGAUAAUGGAGGGCGGCGAGGAGGAGGAGGAUGAGGAGGAUUUACUGCGGGAUGAGUUCUCCCUGCAUAAGAUGGUUAUUCUCGUUACACGACCUGGAAAGGUUCUGGGCAUGCGUAGUCAGACAGGUCACAUUGUGUGGCAACACCUGGUGCCCGAUCUCGCCCCAUUCAUGAGUUUCGGUCGUCAGAUGUUCAUGCUUCACACCCAGAGGACGACGGCCCACUUUCCCCACCAUCCGCAGUGUGUUGUGCUGGGCAAAAACAAGGCAUCAGGGAGGGGUCACCUCUACGCCUUCAACCCCAUCACAGCUGAGACUGUUUCGGGCAUGUCCGGCACUGGUGAACAUUUACCGUACAGCGUGAAACAGGCGUUUGUUCUCGGGACCUGGGAUGAAAACUUCAUGAAGGCCUUCAUCAUGCUCGAUGAUUCACACAUGGUGCGAGUUUACCCAGAAACAAUGAAGCGUUUUGUACAAGAGCACAGUUCCACCACCUACAUGUUCUUGGCAGAUAUUGAGCAUGGAGCACUCAAUGGAUUUAGACUUCAUCCCAAACAUUCUGAUAUAACAGUAGACCCUGUCUGGACGGUCAACCUGCAGAACACACGACUUAACAUGAAGAUCACCAACAUCGUGUCUCGGCCAGCUAAUGAGCAUAUCCACUCUGUGGGACGUGUACUGGGGGAUAGGAGUGUGCUGUACAAGUACCUGAAUCCUAACCUGGUGGUGAUAACAACAGAAGGAGAGGAGCCUGCUACCUCACAGCAGAAAGCAUACCCGGUGGUGAAUGUGUAUGUGGUUGACGUGGUAACAGGUCACAUGGUAUUCCAUGGCAACCACCGGAAGGCAAGCGGCCCCCUACAUGUUGUACACUCAGAGAACUGGGUCGUGUAUGGCUAUCUGAACAUGAAGCAGCACCGAUAUGAGAUGGCUGGACUCGAGAUGUACGAGGGUAAAAUCCAGUCUAAUGUGACCGCAUUCUCAUCUCUGUCUGCCCCGGUCACACCCCUUGUGCUGCGUCACUCGUUCAUCUUCCCCCUCCCUGUCGCUUCCAUGGCAACCACAGUCACUGAGAAGGGAAUCACUGCCAAGGAUCUGCUCAUUGCCCUGAAGAACGGAGGAAUAUUUUCUCUUCCAAAAGCCUUCUUGGACCCGAGACGACCCCUUGCCCCUACACAGGAAACACAAGAGGAGGGGACGUUACCGUAUAUCCCAGAACUCCCAGUACACACUGAGGGCAUUAUAAACUACAACCGGACACUGUUCCACGUGCGGGGUCUUCACACGGCACCAACCGGCCUUGAAUCUACCUCACUGGUUCUUGCAUAUGGACUAGAUUUAUUUCAAACGAGAGUGCAGCCAUCCAAGAUGUUUGACGUUUUAAAAGAGGACUUUGAACAUUAUGUGAUCGCCAUCGUCGUUCUCUCCAUGUUGCUGGUGUCAUUUAUUACAAAGAAACUGGCCUCAAGAAAGGCAUUAAAUAAACAGUGGAAGUGAUCUCGCUAGGUCCAUGUAUUUAGGUUUAUUUAAUUGAAUGUAUUGUGCGCUCAGUAUAACAUUGUGCUAAUGGACAGUUCCAGUUUUUGAGGCUCCUUUGGUAGUUAUUGAAUAAUCUCUGAAGUAAUUGUAAUAUCAAAUAAUAAUAAUGGAGACUGUCCUUGACCUAAAUUUUUGUAAGAAUAUAGCACAGUGUUAUGAGGAGCGCUAGAAUAUUGUAUCAUGUGCAAUGAGUAUUAAUCGUGUUCUGUUUCAAAACGGGGAAUAUGAUGGCUUGGGUUGAGGUGCAGGUCGGGACACUCACAGUGAGACUUAUAUAGUUUCAAAUUAAGAAAGUUUUGAAGAUAUUUUCAAAUGGAUACAUACAUCGAAGUAAUGAUGGGCUGUUUAUUAAAGAUUCAUUAAGGCGUUUAAUUGAAGCAGAAUAUGGGAACCUUAAAAUAGUUUGAAAAUGUUUUACUGGUGUGUGAAAAUACACUGUCAACAUUAUGUCAUGCUUUCUCGGCCAAUACAAGGUGGUGCAUUUUAGUAUGUAUUGUAGUUUUGUACAUAAAGCAGGAUUUCAUUUAUAAUAGAAGUUUUCAGUACCUGAAUUCUUUGGUAGUUUUGCAGUCAACAUUUUGCUUGCUCCAGCUCAAGCAGCCUAAUUCUACUGAUCUUAAAACUUUAUCAGAAUGUGUUUCCGUAAAAUCAAAGUCCAGUUUGAUCAUGGGUGAUGCAAGUCCAGUCAAAUAGUAGAUCCUGUAUUCAAAUAUUAGAAAAUAUUUAUCAGUACAGGCCACAUUUCCUGAUCUUCAUGAAACUUGAUCAAAAUGCAUGUCUUUAUUAAACUUGGUCAGAAUGUGUGUCUUUAUGAUAUCUUGGUCAAGUUUGAUUACCUGUAUUGACCAGCUACUGUUGAGGCUGCAUUUCAAUCUUGGUCUGAAUAAAACAUGGAUGUUUGUCUGCAUAAAACUAGGUCAUGUCAGAUCAACACUAUACAAUAUUUAUUAAACAACUAAAUUUAUAAAACCAAGCAUUGGCAAUAGAUUACCAGUUUUAUUGAAUAAGUUUAAUUAAUUUCGUAUUGAAUGACCAUAAAUGUGGUAGUCUAUUGUAAUUCUUUAAUUAUAAUUCUAAUUUUAGUGCUGCAUGUUUAUUUAUAAAAUGUUACAAUAUAGAGCGCACAUUUUCAAAUAUUCAUUUUUGGUAUCACAUCAAAAGAUAUCGCACUAGGUCAAUUAUUAUGUAAAUGUACGUAAUUGUAAACUAUUUUUUUCUUUGGGUGAAAUUAAAAACCGGUGGCCCUCUAAAAUCAAAUUGAAAAAAUACCCUUACUAAUUCAGGAUUGAAAGACAUGUAUGUUUAGCAUAACUGUAUCCAGACUUCUUCAUAUCCAUAUCCUAUAUAGCAUAUUCAUUGUAAUUGUUCCAUUAUUCUUGUGUGUGUUUUUCCAUAUUGUUAUGAAUAUAUAUUUCAAUUUUUUGGUCAGCAAGUGUUAAUGAAUGUUGUGCUUGUUUUGGGUGUUUCAAUUUUUAAUAAUGAAAAAUCAUCUGUUUUGUAUGAUAUCACAUUUUUGUACAUGUCGAUAAUCAUGGAAUUUGUAUUUAUCAUAUUUAUUUAAAGCGAAAGCCAUUGAACUGUUACCAAUUGCUCAUUCCAGAAAAAAUAAAAUGUGAA